GACCUCGGAAUGUACAUGUUACAAAACAUUAGAAACUAGCCUGUGGUGGUGUAAUUAAAAAGCAGAGACAGAGGAGCGUGUCGCCAGCCUCAUAACUUGGUUUCCCUGAAUGUAAGGACUGGAAUAUGUCAACCAAUGGAUCCUGCUACAACCACAGCUGCGCAGCUGCAGAACGACUGUGAGACAGAGUCAAGUUCAGUCUGGAGUUGGUGGCCUUCCUGGCGUCCAACCUCCAUGUCCCUUUUGAAGACUACAGAGUCCAAGAUUCUGGCUUGUAUUCAGAAAGACCUAUGGGCUAGGUUCGUCACCCUACCAAACCAGGAUCGAAUAUGGACUCUGACCCUCACCAACAAGGUGCUGCGCAAACCAGCAGAAAAAGUCCCAAAGACUCCCCUGGUGAUGGUCCACGGCUUUGGAGGAGGGGUAGGCCUGUGGAUCAGGAACUUAGAGGCGCUGAGUCGAUCGCGGCCUGUUUACGCGUUUGACCUCCUGGGCUUCGGCAGGAGCUCCAGGCCUCCCUUCCCCUCAGAUGCUGCCAAAGCAGAGGAGCAGUUUGUCAACUCUAUCGAGCAGUGGAGGCAGUCUGUAGGCCUGGAGAACAUGAUUCUGCUGGGACACAGUCUGGGGGGGUACCUGGCUGCCUCUUACGCCAUCCAGUACCCUUCAAGAGUUUCACAUCUUAUCCUGGUCGAUCCCUGGGGUUUCCCCGAGCGACCCCAGACCCAGACCCAAGAGGAUGAAGGUCAGGGGACUCAGGUGGUGAAGAGGCCGCCCCUUCCGCGCUGGGUAAAAGCUAUUGCAGCAGUGGUUUCCCUCUUCAACCCACUGGCUGUCAUCAGAGCAGCAGGCCCGUGGGGUCCGGGCUUGGUGAACAGAUUCCGUCCUGAUUUCAAAAGGAAAUUUGAAGAUCUGUUUGACGAUGACACUAUGACGCAGUACAUCUACCACUGUAACGCACAAACCCCAAGUGGUGAGGUGGGUUUCCGGGCCAUGGCAGAGUCUCUGGGCUGGGCUAAGAGGCCCAUGCUGCAGCGGGUUCACCUGCUGCCCCCCACCAUGCCCCUCACCAUGCUGUAUGGAGCACGAUCCUGGGUGGACAGCUCGUCUGGGGACAGAGUGGUCCAGAUCAGGGACCAGGCCAACACUGAAGUCCUGCUGAUAAAUGAAGCCUCUCACCACGUGUACGCUGAUCAACCAGAGGAGUUCAACAGAGUGGUGGGAAGUAUAUGUGACUCUGUUGACUGACUGCCAUAGUGUGUGUGCGCGUAUGGUUGUGUGUCUUAAAGGACUGGAAGUAUACAGACAAUUCAUGCUGGUUUUCAGCACUGAAACCUUUGCAUGCGUUUGGGGCAUAUCUAGACAUCAUGUAGCUCAACAUGAGUUUGAAUGUAAUUUGUUAUUAUUGAUAUUAUUGUAGUAAAUCUCUCUUGUCAUUUAUCAGCUGAUAUAAGCUUCUUUCAUUUAAGUGUUGUUAGCAAAUGAUUUAUUUAUAAAAUGAUUUUGUUUGUCGUUGUGUUCAUACAGAGUAAUGAGUAAACCACUUAAGUCAGUGCUAAAUUAUGUUGUUACGUUUUAACAGUAAGUGAAACACGCACACCACUCUGGAUGCACUGGGUUUAUGUGUUGCAGAGCAGCCACAGGGCUACAGAUUGACACUUUUUACAUGUGCCUGACAUGAACUGUACUGUAUGAGCUUUUUUUGUUUCUUUGAUCCUUGCUUUUCUCUUACAUCUUUCCCACAGUAUCAAACAGCUGUUUGUAUUUUAUACUAUGAAAACAAUAAAAGCUUAUUCGACAAAAUA